GAAAGGUAAACAAACGGGUGUCACGGGUUGAGGGAAGGACUGCAGGAGAGGCCGAAGGAAGGACAGGAAGGAUCUACUUUGUGCUCUAUUUACUCUCCCCGCCAAGAUGAAGCUGUGCGGCCCCAAGUGCUCCCUCUGCUGCACCCUCCUCAGCGCCUGGGGCAUCGUGCAGCUGGCGCUGAUGGGCAUCUUCUUCUUCAUCAAGUCCCCGGCCUUCAUCGAGGACCUGUACAUCCCCGAAGAGGCACACCACGACGCCAACGAGUACAUAAAGGCGCUUGACGAGUCCUACCACACGAUCGCUGUAAACUGUGGGAUCGCUGCCGGAAUGUAUGUCAUCACACUCAUCAUCUCCGGCUGGCAAGUCAUGGUCAACCAGAGGAGUUAGGUCGUUCGGUCAGUCAGUCGUUGUGUCGGCAGCAGCCAUCAGUGGUUUGGCCUGAGAUGAGUAGCUAAGCCAGUGUGGAGGGGUUGACUCUUCAUUUCAUUUAUCUUCAUCUCUGGCUCCAAUAUUUGUCAACAAUGGUGGAGAGAAAUGAUAAGUAAAAUUGUACUUCAGCCUAACAUAUCAUAAUAGUAUAUAGGUUUCUUGACUAGAUUUUCCCGAGUGUCACCGUAAGACAUGUAAUUCUGCUUGCCACCUCAAACGCUCGGUCCCUUUUGGAGUGUGUGUUAGCGGCAGAGUUUCUCAGACCAAACUUUCCACAGAAUCACUCACUGCUGCAUCUGGUAUUCAUCAAAACAGAAUGACUUACCACAGGAACAAAGAAAUUGGAAGAUGUAACUAGUUCUAAUACGUAGUUUGUGAUUAUGAGAUUAUUUAACAGUUAUCAUAAGUGGUAGAGGAGUCUUUGAUAGUUAUUUAGAUCAAGUGUGGGAUUCUGUUUGAUGGGUCUGCUGGUAGUUGAUGAAUUGGUUGCUGCUGGAACUAAGCUGACUGUCCUGUACAACGGUUGUGUGUGCUCGUAUGUGGAGUCUUAGGCACAAGGAGGAUAUUAAUGGUGGUCUAUAUAUUUAUGAGAGUAGUGAUGUAUAAGGGAAGUUGGUUCUAAAAGUUGCAUAUUCAAUACUGUGUUCUUAAACUUUAUUCUGAUCCGUUUCUUUGAAUGUAAUGUUUCAUGGGUCCAGCUGCCUGUUGUGCACCUCAAUACUGUUGUUGAGUAUGCAAGGGUUAUUUGAUACAAGUUUUAACUUUUCAUAGAUGUUUGUUGCUUCCAAAGCUUAACUUUUAAAACAACUUUUUCAUGUAGUGGAUAAUGUUGAUCUUUAAUAAAUCACUAAUGUAAGUUCUGUAUGAAGCACUAAUGAGGACAAGAGACUAAGCAAUGCAUCUACCUGCCUCGGCCCCAGUCCGGGAGAGUAAAGGACGAAUGCAAGGCUUAAAUAUAUAAAUUUUAUUUAGUUUAUAAAAAAAAUGAUUAUUUACAGAUGGAAAUGAACAGUAAGGCACAUAGUUAACCCCCACACACACCCUCCCUGUGGCCAUACAGAAACAAUGGUUUGGAAUAUGAUGAGUUUCACCCUAAUACCUGGCCACCUUAACAAAUGGGAAGUUAUCCCUUGAUCUGUUAUAUAAUUGUAUAUUUAUGUACAUUCCAGCAAAGCUAUUAUAUAUGGUACUAAUAAAAUCUGAAAGGAAG